AUGUCAGGCAUCGUGAACAAGAUCAAGGAGGCCGUCCACAGCGACAGCAAGUCCCACAGCGCCCCUGAAGGCACCCAUGGCCCUCACAACAGUCGUGUCGCCAACGCCGCAGACCCGCGCGUCGACUCUGACCGCGAUCACUCAUCCACUAUCGGCACUGGCCGCACCGCUGGUCACGGGGAGUACGGAAACACUGGCUACGUCACCGGCGCCACAACCGGCACCGGCACCGGCCGCACUGCAGGCCACGGAGAGUUUGGCAGCAGCGGUUACGGCACUGGCACCGCCGAGGGCGCACACGGUCCGCAUGGCAGCCGCGUCGCCAACGCCGUAGACCCUCGCGUCGACUCUGACCGCGACAACUCCCGCACCAUGGGCACUGGCACCGGUGCCGGCUUGGGCUUUGGCACCACCGGCACCCACCACACAGCAGGCACCGGCACCGGUUUCGGCUCCGGCACAACUGGCACUCAACACGCCCCAGGCGGGUUCGGUUCCGGCACCACUGGCACCCACCACACAGCUGGCGGCGUCGGCGCCGGCUCCGGUAUCACCGGCAUGACCGGCACCCACGGCGCGUCCGAAGGCACCCACGGCCCGCACAGCAGCCGCAUGGCUAACGCUGCCGACCCGCGCGUCGAUUCUGACCGCGACGGUCGCGGCGCGAUCGGUACCGGGCCCGGUCCCGCGUCCAACACCGCUGGCCCCCACCAAAGCGACAUGGCCAACAAGAUGGACCCCCGCGUCGACUCCGACCUUGACGGCAGCCGAACCAUGGGAGGAAACAAGACUUACCAGUAA